CUACUACACCUUUUGAUGCUGAUCAUGUAAGUAAUUACAUCUUUUGAUGCUCUUGUAAUUCACGUCUACAAGUGACGCCACAACGCCUGAUUGAGUUCUCGAUGGAGGAAUUAAGGCAAGCAACGAACAAUUUCGACCUGGAUAAUAAUCAUCUUGGGUUUGGAUGUUACGGAUUAGUUUAUACUGGGCUGAUCGGAGACAGGAUCGUUGCGAUCAAAAGGGAGUGGCUUCAUCUCCAGCCUAGAUUCUUGGAUGAGGUUUCUUACAUGUCUAAAAUCCAGCAUGAAAAUUUGGUUAAUCUGAUCGGUUAUUGUUGCGAAGAAGGGAACCAAUUGCUCGUCUUUGAGUAUAUGGUCAAGGGUAACGUGCGAGAUUAUCUUGGUGAUUCUAGUGACUUCACGUUCAAGAAAAGGAUAUCUGUAGCUCUUGAUGCAGCCAAAGGGUUGCUACACUUGCACAACUUAGAUCCUCCAGUACAACACAAGAGAUUUAGGACGGGUAAAGUUUUGCUUGAUGCCGACCUCAAUGCCAAGGUAUCGGAUGCGGGAAUGUUGGGACUGCUUCAAGAUCGUGAUCUUCGUCUCCUUAAUCCAAGAGGUGGUUUAGAGGAGACCAUUGAUGUGUAUAGCUUCGGGUUGUUCCUUCUAGAGCUUAUCACUGGUGAAAAACCUGGACUGUUACAAUCAACCUUUGAAAUUAUGCAAUGGAUACUUCUGCGACGUUCUACAAACACACUUUUGGAUGAUAAUAUGCCUGGAACGUUCACGAACCAAUCGUUGGAGGCUUAUAUGAAGAUUACUAUAGAAUGCUUGACAUAUCCCGCGAUAGAUCGCCCGAAGAUGGAUAUGGUUGUGACCGAGCUUGAGACGAUUUACCAGAAUGAAGUCAUCAAUGAAGAGCAUGAGGUUGCUCUAGGAAGUGAGCUUUUUAACAUAACCAUUCAGUGAGAGCGAGACAUGUUGUUUGUAUCAGUCUAUUUCGAAACCUUAAAAGGCUAUAAUAAAAGAUAAGACUAUAAUAAUAAAAGAUUUCAAACAGAA